CUUCCGCUAUAGGUCGAGCAGUCAAGUAGUGAAUGAAGAAGAAGACAGGACCAGAAUGUUCCGCCAAGCCUUCGGACUCCUGCUCAAGGGUAUCAGAUGGAUUUGCUGCUGGCUUCCCGCCCUGUUAGCGAUGGCCACAUUUACCGAAGCAUACUACGCCUACUUGAUCGUGUUCUGCGGCCGGUACGUGAAGGAAGACCCUCUGCGCUUCGCCUUGGCCACUGUCUUCCACCUGCUGCUGCUCAUGUGCCUGUGGUCGUACGCGCAGACCACGUUCACGCAUGCGCCAUCCGUGCCUCGCUUCUUUCACUUGACCAAAAACGAAUGUCAGGCGCUGGUUCGCUGUACCCAGGACGGGAAUCGCCGGUGCGCGCUGCUUGAAACGAUGGCCAGUGAACGAGGCGUGCUCACUCGCUUAGCGGGCGGCGGCGUGAGCUGCUGCGAGAGCUGUCAGCUAAUCAAACCCGACCGAUGUCACCACUGCUCGGCCUGCAAAAGGUGCGUACAGAAAAUGGACCACCAUUGCCCGUGGUUCAACAACUGCGUCUGCUUCAGCACGUACAAGUUCUUUCUGCUCACGCUAUUCUACUCCGCGUUCCUGGCAGCCUACGUUUUGGCCAGCGUGUCCAUAUACCUGCUGCACAAGAGCCCCCGCCGCCGACUCCUGCACCGCUCGCGCCACAUCAGCUUCCUCGUGGUGAUGGGCGGCGCAAUGUCCGCCAUGCUCGCAGUCUUCCUCGGCAUUCACAUGUCUCUCGUGAUUCGCAACGCCACCACGUUGGAGUCCAUGCGGGCGCCCAACUUCAAGCAGCGCGGUGACUCGUUCAACCUCGGAUGCUACAGAAAUUGUCUCGAGGUUUUCGGCUUGUACAUCGUCCUUUGGCUAGUUCCUGUGUUCACCAGCCUAGGCGACGGUUGCCACUUCCCGACCAAGCUGCACCCGGACGGAACCUACUCCGUCGUGGUCGGUUCGUCACAGCGAGCCGCAUCUGUUGACGCAGCUGCGGCGCCAGAUGCCGGAGCGGGAGGUGAAGCCGGUCUGCAAGAAGCCUCUUCAACUGCCACUGCGUUGAAAAAGGAUUCUGCGUCCUUGAUGGGAGAGGACGUCACACGUGCAGGGUGCCCGUCGACCGCAUUAGACACCAUGGCGCAGACUGCUCGGCCGCCUUCUGGAGCCGAGAGUCUCGAAGCCAUUGGGGUCGGCCCACGCAAGUCUUCUAGUAGUGCCAAGUACCCUAGUUGCGCGGUAGCACAGGCCACGAACAAUGACGCCGCACCAGCAGAAUUGGUUGGGUCUCAAGCUCGCCGUAGCGCGCUUCGCCAGACUCGGAGCCUACCGUCGGCGAGAAGGCUCGAGUAGAGUGCGGCUCAGCGCAUGUAAGCUGACCAACGUGGAGGGUUGCUUCGGCUUUCGGAAGGAUGACAUUUCUUGUACAUUUUGCUGCACUAUGAAGUUUCAGGUGUGAUUUACCCUGUGAGGUAAAGUGGCGUUUUAUUCGGCACGUGGUUCCGUAUCGGUCGCAUAGCACCUAGAGAUUUCCAAGAUUUCCGCCCCCCCCCUCCACUUUAUGCAUUAGAAGAAAACAAUAAAUCGGAGUCAUAUUUGUCCUAUUGUGUUAAAAAAAUUGCGCGGGUCUUCUGGGAUGUAAAAAUAUAAAAAAAAGGAAACGGCUUCUUUCGCCAAUGUUCUCGACACUGAGUCCUUCAAAUCUUUGCUCUCCAGCAUUAGCUAACUUACUUCUUUAUAUUGAACACAUGAUUUCACUUUUGCUUUUGAACGGACUCGAUUGCAGCUGUGUUGCUUUACAAAUAUUUCUCUGGAAAAGAAAAGUUACUAUAGAUAGCGCUGUAUAAAAACCAUGCGAUGUGUCUUUUUCCUUGCCUUAUUUGACCAUGGCAAAAUGGUUACAGCGUUAGAAUGGUGAAAGUAAUUAAGAGAAACCUUUUCAUCUGCCCCCGCCGAUGGUUCCUAAACUCAGCAGUGUGCUUUCGUAGCAGAUGUACGGAGCCGCGAGGUUUGAGAUGUUCUUCAGCGCAUACGUCGUUCUUGCCAUAUGCCCAAAUAGUAGGGGGCCCAAACACACGGAAUCAGACACGUCGUCUAGGCGUCACGCUAGAUCACCGAACGCACCUUUCAAUGACAAAAUAUACUUUUAGGCCUCAACAUAUUUCAGCUUCAGAGCAUUUCAGACAAGUUUUGUAGAAGGUGUCGUAGGAAGCAGUGCACUCCUGUUGUGCUGAUGUCGCUGUUGUGCUAGUGUAAGACACCUUAAAUUGAAAGCGAGCCCUGAAUGUCAAGCAAUGUCACUGUGCAGUGCAGUAAUCACAUUAGGUUUGCUAAAUCAACAUAACCACGUUCAGCUAGUCCUAGAUUACUGAUAUCCAGAAAGUUGCAGACGUGUAUUUCGACAACGAAAGUGUCAGAUUAGCAGUGAUUUAAAGAAGGCCAGUAUUUCGCUCAUAUUAUCAGAGCAAGCGCCCCAUAAGCAACGUGUCUUUUUUUUUUUGAAGAAAAACAAACCUUAAGGAAUGUCAAAUACACAAAGCGCCCAAGACUAAUUUGCACAACUAAGAGACAAACUAGCACUAUCACCACAUCUUCCUCUUGUCUGGCACGUUCGCAGCAAUUUCGCGGUUUGUUCCGGCGUUUGAAUCUUGAAAUCACUUGGAUGUUGCGGCUUUGCGUGUAUUGUUGACUGUAGGCCUCAAUUUGCGCCAGAUGACGAUGUUCAGCGGACCCCAUCAACUUGCUGAAGAAGGCUGAUUCGAAUAGUUUCUCGUGCACACAGAGGCGUCUUAUCAGUUAAUGGCCUAAUACGCUCACAUUACUUUUUUGCCAACGUACGCUGUUUUCUCUUUCAAUUGAGUAGUGCAUUCGUGGUCAAUAAUUGUCAAGUUUAGAUUUAGGAGUGACCCCGUAGCAGCCUGUUAAAGAAGCUUACAUAAAAAUGUCUACAUUUACACACCAGCAGUUUUCUUACAUAUUGUGGUACGAGGAGCAUGAGCAGUCUACCAGCAAAACUUGGCAGCCAUCGAGCGAUUACACGUCAGCACAGACACAAAUUUGAAACUUACAUGGCUAUUUCAUCUCUGCGAAUGCACUUCGAAAAUGCUGAAACUAUUGUUGCCAGAAUUGAUGCCGGAUUUCGCAGUCACUGCGACACUGGGCAACGCACCCUAUACUGCUUAUUUUACAGCGCCAUCACCGCACUAGCUUCUGCAACCCUUUUCAGACAAUUAUUGCACAAGAACGAUUAUUUCUAAAGCGUUUUAGGCGUUUGGGUUGGUCGCCGCUGUCUCUUCACACUCCAGCGUGUGGUUCUCCAGGCCUCAUCAUACAGUUACUUACAGGCUCCUUUCACAGCCUUUGUUAACCGAUGUAUUAUGGUUAGCAUAAACCUCGUGUGUAUGCAAAUAAACUUUCAA